AUAAGUUACAAAUUCAUUAGACACUGUAGCAUUACAACGUAAAUCAGCAUCAGAUUUAAAUAAACCGGAAAUAGUGAUCGAAUCAGAGAGGCCAUAUUGUUGCGAUUUAAUGGCGGUUGCACACUAAAACUAGUUUGACAGGUGUUUGUUUAAUGCUAUUCUAGUCGACAGAGUGGACAUUUUAACUACAGAUUGUUGUUCAUUUCUGUGAUAUUUGCUAAAGAACUUUUUGCAAAUGAGUACGUUUUCAGGACAUUGUGGAAUGCACGCGGAAGUUUGUGGAUGUUGACCCCCGAUGAUCAGCAUGCUGAGAGGAGGAGGGGGUAGUAUGUAACUGUCUCACAACUGUCGUCUGGUUAGUCUGAGGCGAACGCCAAAAUGUCCAACUUCGACCCCGAAUACAGAAUUCGUUUGGGGAAGAUCGAGGAGCGUCUCAAAGAUCCAAACUCGGAUCUAAACAUAAACAGUCUCUUGGAUGGAUUAUCUGCCCUUGUCAGUGAUUUGGAUCAUCCUGCCAUUAAAAGAAAUAAAAGUGUUGAGCAGUUUCUCACAAAAUAUGGGAAGCCAGUGGAUUUUGUCAACAGCUGUCGGAUGAGACAUGCCGACUUUGAUGUUGUCAAGGUUAUUGGACGGGGAGCUUUCGGAGAAGUUCAACUGGUGCGACACAGAUCAACACGGCGGGUGUAUGCAAUGAAGCUACUCAGUAAAACAGAAAUGAUCAAAAGAUCGGACUCUGCUUUUUAUUGGGAAGAAAGAGAAAUAAUGGCUAAUGCUAACAGUGAAUGGAUAGUACAGCUUCACUUCGCUUUCCAAGAUUCCAAAUAUCUGUACAUGGUGAUGGAUUACAUGCCAGGGGGUGACCUCGUUAACCUAAUGAGUAAUUAUGAUGUACCAGAGAAGUGGGCUAAGUUCUACUGUGCUGAAGUUGUCCUCGCGCUGGAUGCUAUUCACUCUAUGGGCUUCGUUCACAGGGAUGUGAAGCCUGACAAUAUGCUUCUAGACAGUAAGGGUCACCUAAAGCUGGCAGAUUUUGGAACUUGCAUGAGAAUGGACAGAAGCAGUGGAAUGGUUAGAUCUGACACGGCGGUAGGGACCCCUGAUUACAUCUCCCCAGAGGUGCUGCAGUCCCAGGGGCGACCCAACCACUACGGGCGGGAGUGUGACUGGUGGUCAGUCGGGGUGUUCCUCUAUGAGAUGUUGGUCGGUGAUACUCCAUUUUAUGCAGAUUCUUUAGUUGGAACAUAUGGAAAAAUAAUGGAUCAUAAAAACUCGCUGAGUUUUCCCACAGACAUUGAAAUUUCACACGAAGCCAAAAGUUUGAUAUGUGCCUUCCUGACUGACAGAACCGAGAGGCUGGGAAGAAAUGGAAUAGAGGAGAUAAAGACCCACCAGUUCUUUCGAAACAUUGACUGGACCUGGGAUACACUCAGACAAGCCGUCCCACCAGUCAUUCCAGAGUUGUCCAGUGAUGUGGACACCAGUAAUUUUGAGGAAAUAGAGAAGGAUGACACUCCAGAUGAAUCCUUUGCUGUUCCUAAAGCCUUCACAGGCAACCAUCUUCCUUUCAUCGGCUUCACGUACAACAAAGAAUAUCAGCUUCUCUCAGAUUCUGGCCCCAGUACCCAUGAGACCAAAUCAGUCUCAUCAAUGGACGGCGGGAAUGGAGACAAGAGGUUCAAACAGUUGGAGGAUCAGCUCCGUGCCAUGAAAGCAGCCAAGGAGGAGAUUGAGAACAGAUACAGGAUGGCCCAGUCAGACUUGGAGAGAUUGAACAGAGAGGAGCCCAUGCUGAGGAAGGAGUGUCAAGACCUUGAGAAAAACCUGGUCUAUCUGAAGAGGGACCUUCAAGAGAACCAAAGAAAGUUAAAUAUGGAGUUAGAGUUGAAAAGGAAUUUAGAGUCCAUGCUUCAUGAUAAAGAAAGACAGUUGGAGGUUGAAAUAAAAUCUCGUAAGGAAGCAUCUAACAGCAACCAGCAAGUUAAUGAAAAGAUCUAUAGUCUGGAAAAAGUGAUAACAGAUUUAAAUGAAAAAAUAAAAGCUGAAACAGACAGUGCCACUAAAUAUAAAAAGUCAUGUGCUGAAUUACAGCAGAGGUACAACAUGUCAGAACAGAGUUACAGUGAGCUGAAUGCCAAGUACGGUGAAGUGUUGAGUGCCAAGCAGUCUCUACAGAAGGAAGUAAUGGAGUUACAGUCCACCCUGGACCAUGAAAGGAACAGUCAGAGACAGAUGUCUUCCCAGUCAUCCGAACUGUCAGAACGAAUCUCAUCACUUAUGUCAGAAAAGAAAAAAGCUGAAGAAAAGGAGAAAGAGUUGACCAUGGAGAUUCAGAAGGUCAAGGACACUGUGAUUCGCUUAGAAAAGAGUAAGAGCCAUGUUGAACUGGAGUUGGACACAUACAAGAGGAAGCUGGACACAGAGAUAAACAGUCACAAAGAGACGAUCCAGAGGUUCAAUGCUGACAAAAAAGACAUCUUGUUAUCAAAAGAGGAGGCCAGAACAUCUGCUAUCAAUGACAUUCAGAACAAGCUGGACCAGGAGAAGACAGCGCGAGCCUCGGCUGAGAACCAGCUACUUGCAGCAGAGAAAGAGAAGUCUGGGCUCAAGGUGGACCUUCUACAGAUGACUCAGCAAGUGACUGCAGUACAGAACGAGCUCAAGAAUGAGAAAGAAAAGUCUAAAAACUAUUCUCUGCAAGUUGAGCAAGAAAUCCAGAGACGGAACCUGAUGCAAGGCGACUUUAAGACCCAGACCCACGAUUUGUCUCGCUAUAAGAACAUGGAGAAACAGCUCAAUAAGGAAAUUUCAGACCUUAAAGAGGAGAAAAGAAGUUUGGAAGAGGAAUUACGCAAAAUUAGAGAGGAUCUCUCUAUCAAUGAGCUACAGAUGAAGGAAUUACAGGAUCAGCUGGAGGCAGAACAGUAUUUCUCAUCCUUGUAUAGAACACAAGUGAAGGAACUGAAGGAGGAUGUUGAAGAGAAGGGGAAGCAAUACCAAGAUGCAGUUACAGACCUGGAGAGUGUGCAGCAGGAAAAGGAAUCCUUUGCCGCCCAGUUACAGCUAGCCAUGGCUAAGGCUGACUCUGAGAAUCUGGCCCGAUCCAUCGCAGAGGAACAACUGACGGACGUCGAGAAAGAAAAGACAGUACUGGAGCUGGAGAUCAAAGAGUUGAUGAACCGCCAUAAAACAGAGAUCAGCAAGAAGGAGCACCUCAUACAGAUAAUGGAGGACUCUAAGCGAGAGUAUUCGAAGGAAAUAGAGGAGUUAACCGCGGAGAAGAAUGAUUUAAACAGCAGGUUGCAGAAGUUAUCAGAAGAUCUUCGCCAAGUGCAGUCCCAGUCUGGUGGCUCCAGCUCAGAGAUUGAGAAACUGAAGAAGAACUUGGAGGAAGAGAAGCUCAAGAAAAUCCAGGCUGUUAACAAACUAGCUGAGAUUAUGAAUCGAAAAGAAUAUUCCUCCAAGAAGUCGGGUAAAAAUAAUGCUGCGGACCAGGCUCUGAAAAAGAAGGAGAAAGAGAUGAGGAAGUUACAGCAGGAUCUUCACAUGGAGAAAGAGAAGUACAACAAGAUGGUGGAGAAACUAGGCCGGGAUCUAUCGGAGACCCAGGCGGCGCUGUUUGAGGAGGGACAACAGAAGGGGAAACUCCAGAUGGAGCUAGAUGCUAAGGAGAGUGAGAUAGAGCAGCUCCGCCAGAAACUGGCGGUCAGCGACAAUGUGUCUAUAAAUAGCUCUCACCUGGAGGAUGGGGAUGUCAGUCUGACUAGUGCAUCCCCUAGUGAUAUUCAUAUGGAGGGAUGGUUAGCCGUGCCAAAUAAACAGAACAUUAAGAAAUACGGCUGGAAGAAACAAUACGUGGUGGUCAGCAGUAAGAAAGUACUGUUCUACAACAGCGAGGCCGACCGGCAGAAUGUGUCCGACCCUGUGCUGGUGUUAGAUAUAGAGUCGCUAUUCCAUGUGAGGCCAGUGACACAGGGAGAUGUGUACCGGGCAGAUUCAAAAGAUAUUCCAAGGAUAUUUCAGGUGCUAUAUGCUACGGAGGGUGAGAAUCGAAGACCAGAAGAAAUUGGUCAUGAUAUGUCAGCUCAGGACAAGUCAGCAGUAGAAAUGCACAAAGGGCAUGAGUUUGUGCCUAUCCAUUACCGCACUCCAACCACAUGUGAUUCGUGUAACAAACCAGUGUGGCAUAUGCUUCACCCUCCCCAAGCUCUGGAGUGUAGGCGAUGCCAUACCAAGGCUCAUAAAGAUCAUUUAGAUAAGAAUGAAGAAUUUGUUGGUUAUUGUAAAGUGAACUAUGAUCAGAACAUUCAGGCCAAGGAGAUGUUACUUCUGGCAGAUACCAGUGAAAAACAGAAAGUAUGGAUCCAACAUCUCAGCAAAAAAAUCUCGAGGAAGGGCUUCGCAAGCUCAGGAACGGCAGGGCCUACGCGGAACACCCGACAGUAUGCUUCGUUUGGUAUUCAGGCACGCCAGAGUAAUGCCAGAUCCUCCUCCACUCUUCCAUCUAACAGCCGACCAUCAUAGCAGCUCAAAACCUCUCCCCCGGGGCCGGCCAAGCUGGCCCCAUAGCACACUGUGACUUUUAUCAGAGCCACGUAACCAUAACAAAUAGUAGCUAUUAUUUAUUUAUAUCAAUUAUUCUUAUACAUUCCUUGACAUCUGGUUCAUACAUUGAUCAAGGUUUUCAAUAGCUGUCCGAAUCUGCUUGAUUAUAUCGUUAUUAUGUAAAUAAAAAUUGUCAUUUUAACUCAA